UAGACAAACCAGCCGGUUAGUUUAUAGCCAUCCAAGCUUUUGAACCAAACCCAACAGUGCGGUUCAAACAGCGCUGACCUCUGUCGUCCAACUCCUGCUCAAACAGCUAGCGUUUACAUCAAGCGCAUGGUGAUUCGCGACAGGCCCACCCCCGCAGCGGCAGGCACGCGUUAAUUGCCUGGUCCAGCGCGUUCGCUCCCUGCGGCUUCAAUUGCGACCAGCCCGACAUCAUACAUACACCCCCCAGCAGAACCAAAAAUCCAUCUGCAAUUCAAACAACCACUCUCAGCAGACAACGCACUUCACAGACAAUGCCCAGCGAGGACAGGAGGGAGAAGCAGGCGGCGGCGCAGUCGGCCGUCGACAUCCUGCACGAGAUUUCCACCAUCCUGAAUUGCCACCUGGACCGCAGGACACUUUCCGUCUGCGUAUCCAUGAUUGAAAACGGCGUCAGCCCGGAGGCCCUCGCCGCCGUCGUCAAGGAGCUCCGGAAACAGGGCCAGGAGGCUACCGCCGCCCAGAUCGCCGCCUCGGCUGCGGCUCGCAGGAAAUAGAGUUCUAUCCUUCAUGUUCUCUCUUCCUCGCCUCGACCUUUUUUUUUCUUGGCAUGUUUUGUAAGAUCCAGAAUGACGGUCUCGCUAUGCUUCGAUGCCAAGCUGUCUUCAAAGGACCAUAAUACAGAUAGAUAUGCUUGAUAAUGCAUGUAUAACCACACAAACCAUAAGUCGAAAGACUACCAGUGCGA